AAUGUUACCUGUCAAAACACCAAACAAAACCUGUCAAACGCCAUAUUGUUUGGCUCGCGAGUUUACACUUUUUAGCCACCACGAGAAGUCACGGCGUUUUCACUGACAUUUUUAUGGACUUGCCGAACGCCUAUUCAGAAUAUAAAAGUACCAAACAAACAAAGUGUAAUAGGCUAUUUAUUAAUCGUAAUGGCUGAUAUUAAUUCAGAUGUAAAUAGUGAUAUAGAACAAAAUUAUGCUCUCACAAAUAACGAUCCCAAAAAUAUACAAGAAUUGACAUUAUACGUACAAUCUUUACUUCAAACAAUACAAGAUAAAUUUCAAACCAUGUCUGAUCAGAUAAUAACUCGUAUUGAUGAUAUGGGCAAUAGAAUUGAUGACUUAGAAAAAAACAUAGCUGAUCUUAUGACCCAAGCUGGAGUCGAAGGCAAUGAUAAGAAUCAGGCAGCGACAUGAAUUCAAACAUGGAUAUCAAAAAUGUAUAUGAAGCCAAUGAGCAGACAUCAGAAUCUUCUAAUAAUACGACUAGUAAUUGUUUUGAAAACUUAGACAGCUGCAUGAAUAAUUCUUCUAGAAUAAUACAUCAAAUGGAACUAGCUCCUCCACUGAUAAUCUAGAGAAUAUUGAACCGCCUAUGGAAUGCGAUGUAUUGGCUCUGGCAUGUAUUGCCGAGGAACUUACUUUAGAGCCCGAAGUCGAGAAUUGAAUCAUAGAUCCGGUGCUUACGUGGAAUAUGUCAAGAUCUUCGCAUAUAUUUUGAUUUGAGGACUCAAUUACAGAUUUGAAGAGAAAUUUAGAUUAGAAGAAAAG